UACUUUCACAGUAAUAGUGCAGUAUCAGAAUGGAUGUCCUCUUUGUAGCCAUCCUUGCAGUGCCACUUAUCCUGGGUAAGUUCACUUCUCUUCCUGAGUUUUAGGACCAGGUCUUCUACCAUAAAUGGAGUGGGAGAAAGAAAAAUCAGGAGAAGGACAAAAAUAUGAGGAUGAAGAAGGACUGGAAGAGGAUGAUUAUUAUCAGGUGAUCUAUUAUUACACAAUCACCCCCAAUUAUGAUGACUUUGGUGCAAAUUUCACUGUUGAUUACUCCAUAUUUGAGUCAGAGGACAGGCUGAACAGGUUGGAUAAGGAGACAGUGAAAACAGAAGAGACUACCACUAAUCGUGAAACAGAACAUGCAGACCAUCAGAGGCCUAUAACAGUGAAACCAGUGCUGACGGAACCACAGAGUCCAGAUAAGAACCAUGCUGUAUCCAGUCUGCAGAGUCCCAUUUCCCUCCUCCUGUCCUGGGCCCUCCUUCAGAGGUGGAUAUAUUUCAUGUAGAAGGAGAGAAGGCUGCUAUCUAUGACUCUUUGGAUGGGGAUUUGGGAAGAGGAAAUUGGAAGAUAAAAUAAAUAAAUGAAAUAAUCUGGUUACUCAC